AUGCCUGUGCUCAAAUACACACUCAACCGUCACACACUACCAUGCCUCUGCUCAGAUACACACUCAACCGUCACAAACUACCAUGCCUCUGCUCAGAUACACACUCAACCAUCACACACUACCAUGCCUCUGCUCAGAUACACACUCAACCAUCACACACUACCAUGCCUCUGCUCAGAUACACACUCAACCAUCACACACUACCAUGCCUCUGCUCAGAUACACACUCAACCAUCACACACUACCAUGCCUCUGCUCAGAUACACACUCAACCAUCACACACUACCAUGCCUCUGCUCAGAUAUGGCGGCAAACCACCUCAAGUCUGCCACGGAUUUGGUCGUGUCUACGGGAGAGUAUCAUGACCUGGGCUCACUUAUCAAGUCCGGCGAUGACGACAAAGCCAGUGUUGCAUAUGUGUCUGGGUUUCAGUCGGAGCCGCACAAGCUCAGCGGGGCAACCUACGACUCGGCUAUCAUUGCUGGGGAUGAUGAGCAUCGGCCUCUGCGGUGGAUGGCAUUGGAGAGUGUAGUCGAUAACAUAUACAGCGUCAGAUCGGAUAUCUGGUCUUUCGGCAUCGUGCUAUGGGAAAUGGCGACUUGUGCGGAACUCCCGUACGGAAAGGUAGACAUUCAUGAGGUUAUGGCGAAGAUCGAGACGGGUUAUCGCAUGCCCAAACCCCGCAACUGCCCCGAACAAGGUUGGUACUUUCCAAAUCUAGUGUCUAUGUGA